UAUAAGGCGGUGGGGGAACAAUGCACCCGAGUCUCAACUCGGUUGCUGCGAUCGUGGGAAGCGGCCCCGGGGGUGCAGGCUGCAGCCAGAGCGAGCCGCCCGCUUGGCGCAAGAGCAGGACGCGGGGGAAAGGCGGCCCCCUCCAGAGAUGGAGUUCGACUCUUACCAGCAUUACUUCUAUGACCAUGACUCCGAGGAGGAUUUCUACCGAUCCACCGCCCCCAGCGAAGACAUCUGGAAGAAAUUCGAGCUGGUGCCCACUCCCCCCAUGUCGCCCCUGUGCAGCGCGGGGGCGAAAGCCUGUUGCCCCGGGGCAGGGGAAAGGUCCGACUGGCUCUCCCACUGCUGCCUGGCCGGGGAGGAGCCGGAGUAUCUGAUCGACACCGGGGAGAUCUUCGGGAACCUGAGCGCCUUCGUUCUCCAGGACUGCAUGUGGAGCGGCUUCUCCGCCCGGGAGAGGCUGGAGAAAGCGAUGACCGAGAAACUCUCCACGGGCACGCAAAGGGUUAAUCCGCACAAGCCCUCCUUUGCCCAGGACUUCGGGUUCAACAACUCGGUGAGCGAGUGCGUGGAUCCUGCUGCCGUCUUCCCCUGCCCCCUGGCUGAGAACAAACACCCCCCUGCCUCCGGGCCCGAGCGGCAAUGCGAUUCUGAGGGUGAAGAGAUUGAUGUGGUGACAGUGGAGAAGAGACAAUCGCUCAGCGUGAGGAAGCCGGUCACCAUCACCGUGCGAGCAGACCCCCUGGACCCCUGCAUGAAACACUUCCACAUCUCCAUCCAUCAGCAACAGCACAACUACGCUGCCCGCUCUCCACCAGACCCCUGCUCCCAGGAGGAGGCCUCAGAGAAGGAGAUCAAGGAGGAGCCCCUGAGCAGCCCAGAGCAAGCCACAGAGAGCUCAUCGCCCGAGCCUUGCCUGCUGAAACCCGGGAGCGCCCCAAGCUCAGAUAGCGAGGACAUGGCCAAGAGGAAAAACCACAACUACUUAGAACGCAAGCGGCGAAAUGAUCUCCGCUCACGCUUCCUGGCACUGAGGGAUCAGGUCCCCGGUCUGGCUAACUGUCCCAAAACCCCCAAAGUGGUGAUCCUGAGCAAAGCUUCGGAGUACCUGCAGUCGCUAGUUAAUGCAGAGAGGAGGAUGGCUGCAGAGAAGAGGCAGCUGAAGUUGAGACAGCAUCAGCUGCUGAAACGAAUCGCCCAUCUCAAGGGACGUUAGCUACCAAAAACUUGACACCUUUCCAAUAUUGAUUUGCACAUUUUUGGUUAUUGUGAACCCUCCAAACUACAGAUCCCAGAAUGCACUGCAGCCAGCGCACACAAAUAUGGCUUGCAUUCUAGGAAAUUUAAACUGUGUGCGGGGGGGUGGGUUCUUUGUCUCCCUUAUUCACGUCUGGUCUCGGGUUCCUUCUUUAACAGAGCAGGGAGUUGCCAACUGUGGGCUGAGUUAACUCUUAUCCUUUGGGGACGCUGGUAGGUUGGCACCGGAAUAAUGUAGACACUGGAUUUUGCAAGACACUUGGGCUGAAAUUGUCAAACGUGACCGUUGAGUUCUGGGUGUCUCAUUUUGAGGGUGUCCAACUUGAAGCACCUGCGUCCUGACUGCCAGAGCUGCUGAGCACCUGAACAGAGAUGUGGAACAACGCCGGCUGAGGCCCACAGGAGCUGCCUCAGUGCCUCUGAACUUCAGGCUUCAGGUGCCUGAAAUUGGGCACUUACAAAUUGAGGCCCUUUUCCAAACUAGGGGCCUGAGUGGACAACCCAAACCUAGAGAUGGCAGGAUCCUCAGUCAGACAGAGAGGACCUGUCACUGAAUCCAGCUAUUCUGUGGAUUUACUUUCAUACACACACAGUUUUAGGUGGAUUGUUAACAUGGCUGGUGCUGCCAUGGACCUAUUAAGUUUGACCCAACUUCUGUCGUUCCACCCAACCCCAGCACUGCUUCCCCUGGUGUGGUGCUCUUCCACCGUCCCUUCCCUGACCCAUCCUCGGGGUUCGUACUGGCCCGCCUCCCCAACCACCACCCUUCACAACAUCCCCCAUCCUAUUCUGCAGCAGGGGGGACUGAGCCCAUGUACCCAACACAUCCCCUCCAGAAGAAGUCCAUUGAAUUCCUAAGUGGCUCCUGCUCCACUGCAACUGAGUCGAGAGAAUCUAGGCCAGGGUGUUCAGAUCCAGAAUACAAGGGGGUUGCAAUCUGGUGGUCCAGUUUGGGUCCAUCUCUCUAGAAGCAGUGACAGCUGGGGAACGCCUAGAAAUGCGUUGGGAGAGCUUUUCUCUAGGGGCCAGGGCUGCUGUUAAAGAUCCUUUUUCUCCCAGGGGUGGGAUGAUGCCUGGAUAAACUCCUAUCCCUGGAGAAGAACCGAGACUGACAUGGACUGUACCUCACUUUCUUACCACUUUACACAGUAGCUUGUCUUGAGGGUUGUGUUCUAGAAACUGCUGCUGUAACUGCCUGAGUCUUAUACUGGAGGACCCUUUUUUUAAUACUGUAUUUUUGUACAACUUUUUUGAAGAGUAUUGUUAAAGAUUUGUCUUUUUGUAAACCUUUUUGGGGGGAGUGUGUGCAUUGUCCCUGCUGCAGCGUGGAGAGUAUGUGUUGGGGGGGGAAAUGCCUUUCUAGGAGAGUCCAGGUCCUAUGUUCUGAUUUACUGUUGGGAAUUAAGUGGGAGAUUCUGGGGUGGGGGAUGUUAUCUGGGGCCCAGUUCCUCAAGCAGUAUAAUGGGCUAUUGAAUGGGGUUUUCCCCUCUCUCUCAGAGGAUGAGGGUGAAAAUUACUCUGUGUGGCUGACUUCCCGUAUUCCUCAAAAGCAGACUCCUAAGAGCGAUGCUGCUUCAGAUCCCAGGUGUAGCCCAGGACUGAUGACAAGGGCUGAUCGAAUUGUUGCCUGGAGCUACUUUGUCUUUACUAGGUGGGUAGAAGCCACCUCUUAGAAGGGAUCUGUUCAGGACUCAGCCUCUGUUUGCUGACCUGCAGCGACCCUCCCUGAAUUGCGUUUGUUCAGCUGGCCAAGUGUCUUCUCUCACCUCCUCACAAAUCUCCCUCUUCUGUGAAUACUAACCAGUUGAUGCAGGGGAUGUGGGGAGGGGAGUAGGACCGGUGGCCUUCAUCUCCCUUGGCACUGAUGGGGCUGACCCUCGACUUUGCAGCAGAGACACACAGAGCAGCCGGUGAGCUGUCUGCCUCCUAACUGACCUAUUGAGAAACUUUAGAGUUAACACUGUGGUCGGAUUUAGCACUUUCUUCAUUACCUCACACUUCAUAAAUAAAUAAGUUACAAAGACAGACUGGGUUGGCUUUUUCCAUAGAGUUGUUCCCUGGGUGCCUGUUUCCAGGGGGGUAACUGCCAUUGCAGCUGCCCUAACUAACUAACUUGUCCAGCUUUGAGUCUUUGUGGGGGCCCUGGAGAAGGGUGCAGUGGCAUCGCUAUUGCAUGAGCGGUUAAGAUGAGCCAUAAACUAUGCACAAAGCUAAGGAGGGCUGCUGGGUCAAUAGGACUUUCACCUACAGCCCUUCCCUCUGCUGUUGGAGAAGGGCCACCAUAUCUCACUCGCAAAGCUUUGCCUUUAUAGGAAGGGUCGUGUGCUGUCUUCUGGCCAUUUGGCCAUAUCCCUGAACGGCAGGAUCAAAACAUCAGCACAGGCACUGUUACUGUGCCUGAGCUAUCCCAGGCAAGUAACAGUCACUGAGCACGGUUAUAGGACAGAUGUGUGUCUAGAGAAUUAUCACAGCUGUUAGAUCCCCAAAUGCCCCUGGGGAAGGCUUGGAUGAUGGCUUGGGGGAGGGGGGGUGCAGAAAUGAGAGUGCAAGAUAUUUAGAACCAAACAGUAGGAUAUUUUCCUUUAAGCAGCACAUAAGCUCCUGCGAGCAAGACUAGUCCCUUUGUGUAGGC